AUGGACUCUGUCAAGUCAAAAAGCGCGAUGCUCAUGACCAAGGGCAUCAUGGACAUCCGAAGCGACCCCCCACGACUCAUCUGCACCAUCCUGCGAUACCAGCACCCGAGCACAAAGAAGGAAGUGACGCUCUACCCGAUCCCGAACAUUGCCGCCCCUGCGUACUUCCGACGCGUUCUGGACGGUGACGUGCUGCAGUGCAACUUUGACAAGAUCCUCUGCGAGGACGGCCGCCUGCCCUUCCAGGCGGGUUCCGUGAUCGCCGCCCGGCAGCAGAUGCUGCGCCGCUUGUUCCCUUUCUUUAGCAUUCGCCCUGUCGUAGAGAACGGUGAAAAGUUCGAUGGCAUAAUCGUCCGCGACGCGUUGGAGUCUCGUAUGGCAUAUCAGAUGGUACUGGACGGCUACGACCCGCCGGUGGACCCGCGCGCCCGUCGCGCAGUGGAGCGGAUCGAUACGUAUCCGGAGAGCACGCGGGUCGUAGUUCCCUGGGGUGUCUAUCACAUGCCUUACUUCCGCUACCGCCUGGAGAAGGAAGGGUACAAGGCGCUGCCGUCGGAGGAGGUGGUUGUGUUUGGCUUCCAUCAGGUCAUGGGCUUCUUCUUCCUUUCCGGUGUCAUGGUCUUCGCCAUGCUGUUUGUUUUCUUUCACACCUUGUUCGGUUAG